CGUCUCUCGUAUGCGAAACAGACACAACGAGCUUCCUUCAACCCAAGAAUAUCGCCUCAAUGUCUCUCAACGCCCCUCGCAGUGCACUCUCUUCCGCCUGCAAAGCCCUCCAAAGAUGCAGCAGCGGGCCGGCGCACUCAAUCACACGCCAACUCGGGCACCAAAUCCGUCAACUUUCCGCCUCCCCAUCGCGCAAUACCGAGGCUGUCGAAGCUAGCGAACAACAAGACCGACCACGAUGGUCGUACACACCCGAGCGGAUGAAAGGCCCAGGUUUCUCCAUAAACAUCCCCAAGGACCCGCGGCGGACUGUAUGGCACUGCAACGAGGACCCCGCCAAGCUCGAUGCCAUGUAUAACCGCCUGCUGGGAACGAACGGGAGCAACAUGCUCCCAGCCGAGAUCAAAUGGCUGGCCAUCACCCACAAGAGCUUUGACCACGGACGGAGAGGGUUCAACACGAGGCUGGCAUAUUUCGGACGGCAAAUCCUCGCCCUCGAAACCAUGCGCAGCAUCCUUGUCUCGCCGGCUACGGCAGCAGAGCACUCCAUUGAGGAUCCCUUCGGGCGCGAACCGUUCCAGCACCCUGCCCUAGCGAACAUUGACAAGCUCAACAUCAGACAGCCACAGGAUAUUGCGCAAAAAGAGAAAUUGGCAAAGCUGGCGAUUGACAUUGGGUUACCGGAGGUCAUCAGGUGGAAGCCCAGGCUGCCUGAAAACCUCGACGCCUCUGGGUUGACGGUAGUCCUCAACACGACCCUCUUCGCGAUCAUUGGCGCUAUCUCUUUACAGCAUGGAGCCGAAGUCGCUCACCGCGUGGUUAGGGAUAGAAUCCUCAGGAGGCUAGGGGCAUAGAUACCAUGGUUCGCGACCUCAUUGCAGCCGUGUAUAAAUAAUCCUUGUACCAUACAAUGUAUCGAUGCCUCAGAGCGAGGCUGGCCUGGUUCUGAGCCACACUGCGCUGGGAAUUCCAACCCGAGCGGGCGUGUAAUUGAGGACAGGAUGGGUUACCGUCAUCAGCAAUGCACUCGCCAGGGCUGAAGCAUUCGGCGACGGGCGGCCAGCGCCGUAUGAACCGAAGGAGGUGUGGAAUCGAGUGGCUCAGAUCUCUCUUGACUGGGCGGAUGGACUGGCGAGGUGAGCAACAGCUGGUGCAUGAUCAAGGUAGCCGGGCGGCGCUGGCAAGCCUUACAAGGGAUGAGAUAGAGGUUUGAGCUUGUGAAUAGAGACGGGAACCGGCCGUCAAUUGCCGUCCCCUAGACAGAGAGCGUUUUGGGACACUGACAACUGAAAUCUCAAAUUCCUCA